AUGGAUCUUGAUCUUGUUUCCUCAUGUCUCUGUGUCUGCCUUGCUGGAAUCCUGUGGCGCGUGUCUUCUGUGGUAUUGGCGCGACAUCGAAAGCCUCGGCCCACAAGGCGUCAUUCGGAGCACUGUCACCUCGCAGUCUUUCUCGGCUCUGGAGGGCAUACGAGCGAAGCAUUGAUGCUCCUAUCGGCUCUUGAUUUCGACCGCUAUUCACCUCGAACCUACGUUAUUAGUGAGGGUGACGCCCUCAGUGCCAGGAAAGCGACUGCCUUAGAGCUGAGCAAAGCGGCGAAUCCUGACAAUUCCACUGUCCGUAUAUCUUCUCCAAUCUCAGGAUAUUGUGGGUGUCUGAACAGAACUUGUACUGCAUCCUGUUUGAAGGGCAGGCUACGUGAACCUUACACUAUCCUGACCAUCCCCCGGGCUCGACGUGUGCAUCAGCCAAUCUACACGACCCCCGUCACUGCCACACGCUCUCUGCUGGCAUGCAUCUAUCAUGUCACUCUGAUACCUUUGGUGGCGCGCACAUCCUUCGCGGACGUCCUCGUUUUGAAUGGUCCCGGCACCUGCUUCAUCCUAUGUCUAGCAGUGUUACUAAACCAAAUCCUAGGUAUCCAUUCACCGCGAGUCGUUUACGUUGAGUCCUUCGCACGAGUGCGCUCGUUGUCUCUUUCUGGGAAGCUGCUGAGACCCCUAGUUGACAGGUUCGUUGUCCAGUGGCCGGGACUGCUGGAAGCUGAUCGAAGAGGUGAAUGCCUCGGAUGGCUCGUUUGA